AUGGAUAAUAAAUUAAGAUGUUAAAAAGAAGCUUACUUAUAGGAGGAGAUUUUAGAUAAAGGAAUUGAUCCUAAUCACUUCCAAGAGUUUUGCGAGAAGAUUAAGGGGGAAGGUAUGGAUUCAAUAUAAAAUAAGAAAGCGACAUUGACAAAUGGACUUUCGAAGAUAUUGUUUAGUUGGUCAACCAAUAUAAGAUUGAAUUUUUUACAACUGAUUUCGAUUAGCCAGUAGAUGAAAUGAUAAUUGGGUGGAAUGCAUUUGAUUAAGUCAUUCCAUAAAUGGAUAUAAAAAGCGAUCCUUAGAUGUGGAACUUAAUAGACUUAGAUCAUACAGGACCAUCUGCUCUAUUAGAGCAAUCGGAAGAUAAAAAAAAUGAAUAACCAUUUUAGUAAACUCAAAAACAAAUUUAGUAAAUUCAUUAACAAUAAACAUCAGAAAUUAAUUAGAGAGUCUCAGAAAAACUAGAUAUUCCCAACAUUGGUAAGCCAUUGUCGAUAUCACCAACUGCUCAAAAGCUAUAGGAAAUUUAGCAAUAAAUGCCUAAGAAAUAAGCCCCUGAAAUUUAUUCUUUUUCUCAAUGUUCAAAAUUACAAUGCAAAAAAUUAGGUUUUAAUAUCUUUGCAAAAGGUGUACCAUCUAUAAAAAUAACUGGGUAACUUAAGUAUAAUUUAUUUAGUUUUGAAAAGAAAACAGAAGGUCUAUUUAAAAGUGAUUAUGUAGUCUAUAGUGUGAAAACAGGAGAUGAAUAUGUUGUAUAAGAAGAUAUUCGGAUUUCUAAUGGUUGUAACAAACACUUUUCAAAUUAUUCCCAGGAGUAGGAAUACCUAGUCUUUCAGAAAAAACAGCUAAGAAAACAGCAAAAAAUACAGUUCAAAAAAGAACUAUUAUGCUAGAAUUUUUUUUGAAU